AUGUACUACCUUUUCGUCGGAUUUCUAGCCCCAGCGAUUCUGGUCCUGAUCCUGGGACUGUUUGCCUGUUUGCGAAAGUCUUCAAACACGAGAUUUGAUGACAAAGACUAUCAAUCGAUAUAUUCUCCAGAAGACAAUCACGUGUAAGUUUACAAUUCUGAAUACCGUCGAGCUUUGAAAAUUGACACAUUUGUUCCAGUAGAAUUCGUAUGCCAGUGUACGAUGAACGAGGCGUCAACAGCUACCAAAUGAUCUACGAAAACCCGCACUUUGUCGAAUACAAAAACCCGCCGACAUACAACGAAGCGGUCCGUCAUCUAGCCCAUGUGAAGUGAGUUCACUCGACGCGUUCCCGCAAACGUCAAAACAAUCUUUCGUUUGAAAUGCAAUUAACUAGUCUCUCAUUUUCCGCAGACCGCCGAGCCGUCACUUGCCGCCGAACCAGCCGAAGCUAUUGGAGCGAGGAGCCGUGCCACAGCAGCAAACUGUCAUUUAUUGA